AUGGAAUUUUGCAUGGUUAAUUCUUUCAUCUCAAAGAUUGAGCCUAAAACCAUGAAGACUGCUCUUGAUCAUAUUGAUUCGGUUCAAGCCAUGCAGGAAGAACUCAAUAAAUUUGAGCGUAAUAAAGUCUGGAGAUUAGUUCUGAUUCCGAAGGACGCUUCAGUCGUCGGAAUGAAAUGGGUGUUUCAAAACAAGUUAGAUAAGGAAGGCAAUGAGAUUCAGAAUAAAUCACAUCUAGUUGUGAAAGGAUAUUGCCAAGAGGAAGGUAUAGACAACGAAGAAACAUUCGCACCAGUUGCAAGACUUGAAUCUGUUCGGAUCUUUCUUGCGUAUGUUGCUCAAAAAAAUUAUGAAGUCUUUUAG